UUUUUCCAACAUUCAUUGUCUCUUUUAAUAUUUUUCUCUAAAAAUUAACUCUUUCAGUUCCUUGCUCACAAAUAUUCGCUUUCCCUUUUCGUAAGUCUUCUCAACGCGAACUUGGAAACCAAUUACUCCACAGGCUCGCCGACAGACUUGCUGGACUUGACCUAUUAAAGCACCGGUAUAAAUCAGAGUCGGGACACCAAAACGGACAUCAAUCAAGACUUAAGGGAAGGUAAUGUAUCGAAAGGCAAACUAUAGGGACCAAAUUACAAAAUUCCAAAAAUCAUUUGAACACACUGAAUUUCACCUCCUCCUCUUUCGGAUCUCAGUAGUAGUAAUACUGAAGUCUCAUUGAACUGAGUCAAUUUGCUUUACUCAACUCACCAAAAAUGCCGCGUCAACUCACUCUCCUCCUUCUCUUCUCCCUCUUACUCAUCUCCGCCGCCGUCGCCGGAGCACCCGCCGCUGCCGACGAUGACGACGAAGAUCUCAGCUUCCUCGAAUCCGACGACGACUUAAACUCCGCCGCACCGACACACACUUUCUCCGACAACGACGAUUUCUCCGAUAACGAAGAGGAUGAUUUCGAGAAUUACGACGAUUUCGAAGUUCCGUCAGCAUUUGAUAACGAAGAGGAAAACGAAGCACCGAAAUUCGACGAGAAAGACGUUGUUACUUUAACGAAUAAGAAUUUCAGUGAAUUUGUGGAGGAUAAUAAGUAUGUAAUGGUUGAAUUUUACGCGCCGUGGUGUGGACAUUGUAAGGAAUUAGCACCGGAGUUUGCCGCAGCAGCGACGGAGCUGAAGGCGGAGAAUGUGCAUUUGGUUAAAAUUGAUGCUACGUUGGAGAAUGAACUAGCGGAGAAUUAUGAGGUUCAAGGAUUUCCUACUAUUUAUUUUUUUGUUGAUGGUGAGCAUGUGACUUACAGUGGACAAAGAACUAAAGAUGCUAUUGUGACUUGGAUCAAGAAGAAGAUUGGACCUGGCAUUUACAAUAUAACAACAACAGAGGAUGCAGAGCGUGUAUUAACCUCUGAGAACAAAGUCGUUUUAGGGUUCCUUGAGUCCUUGGUGGGUCCUGAAACUGAGCAGCUUGCCUCUGCUUCAAAACUCGAGGAUGAUGUCAACUUUUACCAGACAACAAAUCCUAAUGUGGCAAAGUUAUUCCAUAUUGAAGACAUUUCUAAACGCCCGGCUUUAGUCUUGCUUAAAAAGGAAGAGGAGAAAGUGGUGCAUUAUGAUGGUCAAUUCACCAAGGCUGCAAUUACUAAGUUUAUUUCUGCCAACAAGCUUCCUCUAGUGACAACUUUUACCAGAGAAAGUGGACCUUCAAUUUUCUCGAGUCCAAUAAAGAAGCAGGUGUUGCUCUUUGCCACAACAAAUGAUACUGAUAAAGUGUUCCCAACAUUUCAAGAAGCUGCAAAAAUUUUCAAGGGAAAGCUUAUUUUUGUUUUUGUCAACAUUGAUGAUGAAGAUGUUGGAAAACCUGUAGCAGAUUAUUUCGGAGCCACCGGAGAUUCUCCAAAGGUUAUCGGAUACACAGGAAAUGAGAAUCCCAGGAAAUACAUAUUUGAUGGGGAGAUCACCGUUGAGAAGCUUAAGGCAUUUGGAGAGGAUUUUCUGGGAGACAAGCUCAGAGCUUUCUAUAAAUCAGACCCUAUUCCUGUAAAUAAUGAAGGGGACGUGAAGAUAGUAGUGGGGAACAAUUUUGAUGACAUUGUUCUAGACGAGUCCAAAGAUGUGCUUUUGGAGUUGUACGCACCAUGGUGUGGGCAUUGCCAAUCUCUAGAACCAACGUAUAACAAGCUCGCAAAGCACUUACGUGGCAUUCAAUCUCUUGUUAUAGCCAAAAUGGAUGGUACCACGAAUGAGCACCCUCAGGGCAAGGCUGAAGGAUUCCCCACACUCCUCUUCUUCCCAGCAGGAAACAAGACCGCGGAUCCAAUCCCAGUCGAUGCUGAUCGAACUGUUGUGUCAUUGUACAAGUUCAUCAAGAAACACGCUUCUAUUCCAUUUAAGCUCCCAAAACCAGCUUCAUCAACUAGAUCAGAGAGUUCCGAACCCAAAGAAGGCGCCAACGCCACAUCAGAGAGUUCCGAACCCAAAGAAGGCGCCGCCAACGUUGAGUCUAGCAAUGGAAAAGAUGAACUAUGAAAAUUACAUAGCUCUCUUACCUUUUUCUCUUUGUUAUUCUCCUAGCUUGUUGUAACAGUAAUAGAAGUUUUAUGUCCCUCUGAGAAUGAUAAGUUACAUACGUCGUCAGUGUAAGAAAUUUUUGUAUCGUCAGGUUAUUCUUACUUGCUAAUACUAGGUAGUUACGUAAUUAUAAAAUACCCAAAAAAAUGUAUUACUGAAUAAGUAAAUGACUUUUAAUAAUUAACAAUAAAAUAUUAAAUUUCACAUUUUUUUAUUUUUCAAAAAU